GCGCUCAUUAGAGGGAGCUGUCGGCCGGAGGGAGCCGCGCUUGCUGCAGUGUGAGCUCCGCUUCUGCCUCUUGCAGCCGCCGCUUCCUCGGGAGCGAGCGAGAGGCGAGCAGUCACGGCGGAGACCCAGCCCGGCUGCGGGGGUGGUAGGCAGCGCGAGUCGCCGGCGGCAUGAAUCCCUCGGGCCCCCGAGCGCCUAUCCCGGGGACAGAGCCAGCUAGGCGGAGGCCGCUGCAAGGGGAGUAGAGCGGCCGGCGCGGAGCGCUCCCGGCCCGUUACCCAGGGCCCGGCCAGUCACCUCCGGGUCCAUGAGCCCGCCGAGCCGCCUCCGCCUCCAGCCGCCGUCAACCGCGACACGCGCCGCCGCCUCCCGCCGCGGCCUCCUCUGUUCCCCUGCGCCGCAGGAGGAAGAGCCCACAUACUCUGGUGUGAAGAGAAUGGCUGUGACUUUAGAACAGGCCCAGAGGGUGGGCUAUACACUUCUGAAAGGACUCCUGAGGUUCGGCUUCAUGGUUGCCAAUAACCUAGUUGCUAUUCCAUCCUACAUCUUGUAUUUAAUUAUACUGCAGCCUCUUCGACUGUUGGAUAGUAAGCGGUUCUGGUAUAUCGAAGGAGUAUUAUUUAAAUGGCUUUUAGCUAUGGUGGCUUCCUGGGGCUGGUGGGCAGGAUAUACAGUAGUCGAGUGGGGAGAUGAUGUUAAAGUAGUUUCAGAAGAUGAAGCCAUGAUGUUGGUGAACCAUCAAGCAACAGGAGAUGUCUGCACGCUAAUGAUGUGCCUUCAGGAUAAAGGCACGGUUGUCCGUCAGAUGAUGUGGCUGAUGGAUCAUAUUUUUAAGUAUACAAACUUUGGGAUUGUAUCGCUAAUCCACGGAGACUUCUUUAUAAGACAGGGAAAAGCUCACCGUGACCAGCAGCUUGUGCUCCUAAAGGAGCAUCUAGACAAACAUUACAGGAGCCGUGACCGGAAAUGGAUUGUACUGUUUCCAGAGGGCGGCUUUCUUAGAAAAAGGAGGGAAACAAGCCAGGCAUUUGCUAAGAAAAACAAUUUGCCAUUUCUUACAUAUGUCACCCUGCCAAGACUGGGAGCAACACAAGUUAUUCUGAAAUCACUUGUAGCUCAGCAAGAAAAUGGAACCCCCGCAGGUGGAGAUGCGAUGGUAGCAGAGAGCAAAUCAAAAGGUCUUCAGUGGGUGAUAGAUACAACCAUUGCUUACCCUAAUGCAGAACCUAUAGACAUCCAGACCUGGAUUCUUGGCUACAGACGACCGACAGUCACACAUGUACAUUACAGGAUUUUUCCAAUUAAAGAUGUACCUGCAGAGCCUGAAGCCCUCACUGAUUGGCUAUAUCAACGGUUCAUUGAAAAAGAGGAUCUCUUGUCACAUUUUUACAAAACAGGAGCAUUUCCUCCUCUUCAGGGUCAAGCAAAGGCUAUUUCCCGAGAGAUGACCCUCAGCAACUUGUGGCUAAUUGUCAUACAGUCCCUUGCAUUUUUGUCGGGCAUUAUGUGGUACUGCAUCCUUCAGUAUUUUUAUCAUUGCCUAUUUUAGAAGUUGAAAGGGACCUGAGGACACUUUGAGAAGCCAGGCUCUUGCAAAUCUGCAUCAUGUUUAUAUGUGCAAAUGUGAAUAUACAAGAGUAAAGGAAAAUGCUGGAUGGAUUUUUACCCCUCUUAGGGGAGAUUUUAAACUCCACUAAAAGUGAGGAUCAGUAAUAUCGUGACCUGAUGAUGUAUUUUAAGAACUGUCCGUAUUUUUAAAAGGUGUAUACCCCCCACACUCUGAAGCAAAUUCAGCAUUUGGACAAGAGGUGCAAUUGUACAACCACCAUAGAAGAAAGUCUGCAACAAGAAAGUUCUAACGCCACAGGUAUUUCUCAGCAUUGUAGUUAAAGCUCAGAAAAUUCAGCAACUUUGUUUCUCUAGUAGUCUGUACUACAAGUUGUGUGGUUAGAGAUCCUUCAUUUGCAAAAACUCAAGUUUUACUGCUGGGAUCUGUUAAACAUAUUCUGCAGAGCUGGUUAUGGUAUCUUAACUGCUCCCUGAUCAGCCAUCGUUGUAUUAGACACACCAUUCCUAAGGACAAUGCCCAUGUGAGAGCCAGUGUCAGCAAUGUUUUUUUGGGAGAAAACAGUGCUCAGAAAGGUGUUUCAGUAUCAUAAUGUAUUUAAAAAUGAUGUGCACCUGAUAAAUCAGCCCAUUACCAUUGAACAUCUGCCAUGUUCCAGUGUAUUCCUUCUUGUGAGGGAACUUUAAAAAGUCACAUCACUUGAUUAGUUCCCUUUUGUGUUUAAAAUGUGUUCCAUAAAUUGAUGAUUGUCUUUUUGCAAAAUGCACUUUUAAAGAUGAAAAUACAGUGAAGGAAAGAUAUAUCGCUUAGGGAAAAAAGGAAGCUUUAUCUAUAGCAACUUGGAAUCUUAAGAGGCAUUAACUCUCCUGCUACCCUUUUGUGUUGGAUACCAAACUUUAGCCAAUGUGACUGUUUUAUAGCUUACAGAGACCUUUUUUUCCAGUUGUUCUAACAGCACUAAAUACAUUUUUGUGGCAGGGUUUAAGCAAAUUAAUGCCAAAUCAUCAACAUUUUGCUUAGGAAGAAUAUUAGGAAGUUGGUGUCUUUUAAAAAAGUGGGUAUAAGUGCUGGCCUAAAGCUAUAGGAAAAUGUUCAACCUACUUGUUUU